AUGGUUGAGAUUCACGAGGAAAGUACCACUCGUCACGAUGGUUCUUCAUCACCAUCGGGUAAUUCACCUUCUAACGAUAUUCCGUCAGCGACGAACUCUCACUGGCGAGGGCAGUCAACGUUAGCAGAUUUCUUGAAAUCCCGUCAAACAGAUAGUAUCCUUUUCAUAACAAGAAUUGUGACCGUCCUGUGUACGUUAUAUUUUAUUUUACCACUUGGUGCCCGAAGUUCUCAGUACUCAGCAUAUUCGAAAGCCUUUGCAGCGGCUGCUGCGACGAAUGCCCUUCGCGUACAUCAACGUGUUGGAGGACUGCGUUUUACUCGGGAGUUUUUGUCUAUAGUACUCAUGGAAGAUUCAUGUCACUAUCUUAUUUACUCCGUCUUAUUCAUCACUUCAACUCCAGUUACUAUGGCACUUAUGCCAAUUUUUUUGUAUGGAUUAUUGCACGCCAUCAAUUUUGCCACUCAAAUAUGUUACGCAGUAGGGAAAGCAACGAAUGUAGCUGACAGAGUAUCUGAGUUAACACGGCAACAUACGCAGAAUCUUUUGGGAAUUAUUGCAUGUUCUGAAAUUUUCUUAAUGCCAAUGCUUAUUGCCAUGAUAUUCGUACUGGUCUUCUAUCAGCUUCGUGUUUCUCUUGAGCAAGCUGUGUCGAGUCCUAAUUGUCCACAAAUGAUCCGUAAUGCGGUGUAUUCCAUUAUCAGUCUCACUUGUCGGCUAUGUCCUGCAACAGUUCAAUAA